AUGCCCAUACCCCUGACAAUAGAAGCAGCAUUGCUCCUCUCAAGGGCAACGGCUGCAGCGACCCUACUGCAGCGUGUGAAAUCCUCCCGGCUGGUUGAGUUCUCAAUUUCGACAGAGGUGGGUAUUCACUUGCUUUCAGAACUAGAGGAGGAAAGGAUGAACACUGAAGAGGAGAGGGAGGAGAUGAGGGCCCCAAGAAGCGAGGAAGAGAAGGUUGUGCAGAGGAAGAAGAGGGGGGAGAAGAAGGGCAGCUUGGGUGAAGGCGAGUACAAGGAAGAUUAUGUGCUUUUGGGAUUUACUAAUACGAAUUCUGAUCCUCCGGAAGCGUUGUGCUUCUUUUGUGGGGAGAGACUGGCCAACAGUAGUAUGAAACCAGCUCACCUCCAGCGUCUCCUGAAAACAAAACAUCAGUGUCAUGUUGGUAAACCAGUAGAAUUUUUCAAAAGAGAGCUCUCAGAUUUUCAGUGCUCCCAAAAAGUAUUUCAGAAAGCCACCACAACUUCAGGUAAGGCUCUGAAAGCAUUAACUGCCAAAGCCAAAAAGCCAUUCGGUAUUGCUGAAGAACUUAUUUUGCCAGCUGCAGGAAUGAUGGUUGAAAUAAUGCUGGAUAAAAAGACAGCCGACCAACUAAAAGCGGUUCCUUUGUCACAUCAAACUGUCUCUCUCAGGAUGAUAUCAAAGAACACAAACUAUUUUGCAAAAAAAUUAGAAGAGUACACAACAGGGGAGGCUAUUUUCAAUGUCAUUAAUCAGUUCUUCUCUGAACAAGAACUUAGCUGGAAAUCUUGCAUGAGUAUGUGUACAGAUGCUGCUGCAUCCAUGACCGGGAAGGUGAAGGGCCUAGUGGCAAGGGUUAAGAAGGUAAAUCCUGAUGUGGAGUGGACUCACUGCAUCAUUCAUAGAGAAUCAUAA